CCACCCAUCCAGCUAGCACCUCCUCGAGUGGACUACGUAACGCGGUGGCGGAGUGUGUUCCGACCCAUGUACUCGCCGUUCUCCACCCAUCGCUUAUACCACCCACCAUAUAUUGCGUCGGCCAUGGAGGCGGAAGCGGCGGCGGCGGUUCUGGUUUCCCUGCUACUCAUCAUCACAGCUGCGUGGAAGUUGCUGAAAGCUUUCUGCAGCGUCUUCUCGUUCUACUGGUUAACCCCAAGACGCAUCAAGAAGGCCAUGGAGAGACAGUCGGUGUUCGGGCCGAAGCCUCGCUUCCUGGUCGGGAACAUCCUCGACACCGCCGCCAUGGUCGCCGAGUCGACCUCCGGUGACAUGGACUCCAUCCGCCACGACAUCGUCCCCCGCCUUUUGCCCCAUUACGUCGCCUGGUCCAAACAAUACGGAAAGAGAUUCAUAUACUGGAAUGGGGUGGAGCCGAGGAUGUGUUUGGCAGAAAUAGAUUUGAUAAAAGAGCUUCUAACAAAGUACAACUCGGUAACGGGGAAAUCGUGGCUGCAACAGCAGGGAUCCAAACACUUCAUUGGGCGCGGCCUUUUGAUGGCCAACGGCACCCACUGGCACCACCAGCGCCACAUUGUCGCCCCCGCCUUUAUCGGAGACAAGCUCAAGGGUUAUGUGGGGAACAUGGUGGAGAGCACAGAGAGAAUGAUUGAAUCCCUUGAAAAAAUGGCAUUGUUUGGGGAGGCGGAAAUCGAAAUCGGCAGCUACAUGGCUCGUCUCACGGCGGAGAUCAUUUCCCAAACAGAGUUCGGGAAUAAUUACGAGAAGGGCAAACAGAUCUUUCAUCUCUUAACCCUUCUCCAACAUCGCUGUGCUCAAGCUAGCCGCUACUUGUGGCUUCCCGCCAGCCGGUUUUUCCCAAGCAAAUAUAACAGAGACAUAAAACUACUAAAAUCAGAGGUAGAGACACUACUGAUGGACAUGAUACAGAGCCGGAAAGAGUCGGUCGAAUUCGGUCGUAUCAGCUCGUACGGAAACGAUCUACUCGGGAUGCUCUUAACAGAAAUGCAGAAGAAAAAGAAAGGGUUUGAGGGUAGUGAUGGGUUCAACCUUAACAUGCAGCUGAUAAUGGAUGAGUGCAAGACUUUCUUCUUUGCUGGCCAUGAAACCACUGCCUUGCUCCUCACAUGGACCAUAAUGCUCCUAGCCAGCAACCCUACUUGGCAGGACAAAGUCCGGUCCGAGGUUCGACAAGUUUGUAAUGCCGACCGCCCUUCUUCCGACCACCUGUCUAAGCUCAACCUGUUGAACAUGGUGAUCAAUGAAUCAUUGAGAUUGUACCCACCAGCAUCAAUUCUCCCAAGAAUGGCGUUUGAAGACUUGAAGCUUGGAGACAAUCUCCACAUCCCAAAGGGUCUCUCGAUAUGGGUGCCAGUGCUGGCAAUCCAUCACAGCAAAGAUAUUUGGGGGGAAGACGCGGACGAGUUCAACCCGGAGCGUUUUGCCACCAAGUCCUUCUCCGGCCCAGGGAGGAAUUUCCUACCGUUUGCCUCCGGCCCAAGGAACUGCGUGGGCCAAUCCUUUGCCCUCAUGGAAGCCAAGAUCAUCUUGGCUAUGCUCAUUUCAAAGUUCAGAUUUGAAAUCUCCCCGUCGUAUCGCCACGCCCCCGUCAUUGUCCUCACUAUAAAACCAAAGCAUGGGGUUCAAGUAAUAUUGAAGCCUUUAGAAGAUAUGCAUAAGAAAUGAUCGAGUCUAAGUUCCGUUCCUAACCGAUGCCUUUGUAGGGAUCGAUCAAUCAAUUUUGUUGGGCUUUGGAGGCUAUGUUUUGUAGAAGAGCUAGCGGAGUAUUAGUAAACCCAACUUUUCUUGGGAAUAAUAUUAUGAGUGGAAGGAAGAGGUAUAUUUUGUAAGGCUCUUCCUUCUUGAUUACUUUCUUAACGGCUAGAGCGGGGUGUUUCUCCAAUAUAUUCAUAUAAUUAAGGUCUUUCCAUUAG